AUGGAGUGUUCAUUCGGUCUUACAGGCAAAGACUACGUCCUGCUAUGUUCCGACAUGUCAGCCGGACGAUCAAUCAUCCGAAUGAAAUCGGACGAAAACAAAAUCAAAGCUUUGGGACCUCAUCUGGCGAUGGCCUACGGGGGUGAACCGGGCGAUACCAAUAAUUUCGCUGAAUACGUAGAGAGGAAUAUGAGGUUGUAUCAUAUCAGAAACCAUUACCCCCUCCUUCCCGCCUCUGCAUCAGCAUGGAUCCGACGCACACUCGCAGAAUCCAUCCGAUCUCGACACCCUUACGCCGUCAACCUCCUUUUAGCAGGAUACGAUACGACAACUUCCAAACCCCAUUUAUACUGGAUAGAUUAUCUCGGUACGAAAGCGGUCGUACCCUAUGCAGCACAUGGGAUGGGUGUGUAUGUGAGUUUGAGUACGAUGGAUAAAUGGUGCUUCAACGAUAUGAACAAGAGAGAGGGGGUGGAAGUUUUGAAGAAAUGUAUUGAUGAGGUUAAGAAACGUAUCACCGUUCACUUCAAUUUCAACUGUAUCCUCAUUGACAAAGAUGGUAUCCAUCAAAUCAACAUCGAAUCUCAAGAUCCACUCUCCGAAUUAGAAUCCAAAGAUUCAUCAGCAUCUAUCGUAGUCGACGCUCCUAAUCCACCUUUGGAUGUAGGUGUGACUGCUUAA